GCGCAGUUUGUGUAUAAAUAGUGUCGUUGGGUCUGGUUUGGAAACAGAAUCAACUUUGGAUUAAUCUAGCAGACAUCGUCUUGGAUCUCCUGGAAAAAUGAAAUUCUUUGUUAUUGCCUUUGCUGUGAUCGCAGCUGCCUCGGCGGCCUCCAUUGCCACGGAUUACCUGCCGCCAGUGGACAACAACCUCGAAUCUGCCUCCGAUCUCGUGGAGCUGCCCGCCGAGCAGGGAGUUCUCUCCGACGAUGGAUACCGCUACAAGACCGUGCGCCGCCUGAAGUUGCGCCACCGUCGUGAUGUGAACGAGCUCCCCUCCGGUGAAUACCUGCCCCCCGUGGAGGAGUCCGCCUCCGAGGCUGUUGCCGUCGAGACUCCCCUGGCUGACGAUGGCUACCGCUACAAGACCGUGCGCCGCCUGAAGUUGCGCCACCGUCGUGAUGUCAAUGAGCUCCCCUCCGGUGAAUACCUGCCCCCAGUGGAGGAGGCCGCCUCCGAGGCUUUUGCCGUCGAGACUCCCCUGGCUGCUGAUGGAUACCGUUACAAGACCGUCCGUCGGGUGAUCCGUCGUCGUCGUGAUGUCAAUGAGCUCCCCUCCGGAGAAUACCUGCCCCCCGUGGAGGAGUCCGCCUCCGAAGCUUUUGCCGUCGAGACUCCUCUGGCUGAUGAUGGAUACCGUUACAAGACUGUCCGUCGUGUGAUCCGUCGUCGUCGUGAUGUCAAUGAGCUCCCCUCCGGAGAAUACCUGCCCCCCGUGGAGGAGUCCGCCUCCGAAGCUUUUGCCGUCGAGACUCCUCUGGCUGAUGAUGGCUACCGUUACAAGACUGUCCGUCGUGUGAUCCGUCGUCGUCGUGAUGUCUCCGAGCUCUCCUCCGAAUACCUGCCCCCUGUUGAGGAAUCCGCAUCUCAAGCUAUUGCUGUGGAGACCCCUCUUGCUGAUGAUGGCUACCGUUACAAGACCGUCCGCCGUGUGAUCCGUCGUCGUCGUGAUGUUUCCGAGCUGUCCCCUGAGUACCUGCCCCCUGUUGAGGAGUCCGCCUCCGAGGCUGUUGCUGUGGAGACUCCCCUGGCUGAUGAUGGAUACCGCUACAAGACCGUCCGCCGUGUGAUCCGUCGUCGUCGUGAUGUUUCCGAGCUGUCCCCUGAGUACCUGCCCCCUGUUGAGGAGUCCGCCUCCGAGGCUGUUGCUGUGGAGACUCCCCUGGCUGAUGAUGGAUACCGCUACAAGACCGUGCGUCGUGUCAUCCGUCGUCGUCGUGAUGUCUCUGAGCUGCCUUCCGGCGAGUACCUGCCCCCCGUGGAGGAGGCCGCCUCUGCCAUCAUUGAUGUGCCCGCCGAGCAGACCGUCCUGGCCAGCGAUGGCUACCGCUACAAGACCGUCCGCCGUCUGAAGCUCCGUCGCCACUAAGCCGCCGACUGUGCCAACUCCCACCGCAGCAUUUGAGAUUAUCGAGGAUGCUUUUCCAGAAGAAGUCUUGACUUUGAAAGUCUCAGAGUGAAACUAACAAUAAGUUGAGCGCAUUAGUCAAUUUCCAUCCAUUAUGAACAACCCGAGUACAAACCCGAAC